CUAGGGGCUGUUCUGUCCUACUCUGUUGAAAUGUAUGUGUUUACCAUUAUUAUAGCGAUUUUUAUAAAUUAUUUGUUUCCUUUGUGAUAUUUCUAUGAGAAUCUGCAUCUUCAUACUUGUGGAAUAGCUCUGUGUUUUUUGUUAACCAGUUUGGUGUAUUCUCCUGUCCACUAUAAUUAAUAACUAUUAUUUCAUCCCGUUUAGCUGGUGUGCUCUCCUAUCAUCUACACCUCAGGAGUUGUUAAAGCUUGUUUUGCCCAUUCAGAGAUGUUAUAGGGGACCCAUGGUCCUUACCCUCCUUAUCUCAGCCUAUAAACUUUGCAGGUUAAUAAGUAUGUUUAGCAACGACCGUCUUUUAGUUCCUGGAUAUGUCAACAAUAUAUGCUGGUGGCAGACCUCUGGAGGGUCAAGCCGAGGUCAGGAGGUUUCACCUGGGGUUCAAAAUGAUGUCCAAGGGGCUUUGGAUAAAGUCCUUCCUGAUUUGCAUGUGGCCAUUUCUAACCUAAAGCAGGCCGUAUGUGCCCAGAGUAUUUGCAACAACAUCUCUGAGAUCUUUCAAAUGGUAGAAGAAGCAUGGGUAAUGCCAACAGUAGGAAGAGAAGUUGCCCAGGGCCUGUGUGAAACGAUAAGGCUGGAGGGUGCUCUGGACUUCCUCCUUAAUUUGCUUCAAUCAACUGAGAAAGAAGUGAAGUACCAGGCUUGUCAACUUCUGGAACAGAUUCUGGUGACAGAGAACAGGGAUCGCAUUGCACGUGUUGGCCUAGGAGUUAUCCUGAAUAUUACUAAGGAACAAGAUGACCCUAAACUUGCAAGGAGCCUCUCUGGCAUCCUGGAGCAUAUGUUUAAACACACCGAGGAGACCUGCAAACAGCUCAUCUUUGAUGGAGGUCUAGAUUCUAUCCUUUUUUGGUGCCGAUGGACGGACCCAGUGAUUCUGCGUCACUGUGCAAUUGCCCUGGCAAACUGUGCCAUGUAUGGUGGCCCAUCUAACCAGCGACUUAUGAUUGAGAAGAGAGCAGCUGAGUGGCUUUUUCCUUUGGUCUUCUCCAAAGAGGAUAAUCAGAUCCGAUUCCAUGCAUGCCUUGCAAUCACUGUGUUGGCAACAAACAAGGAAAUUGAGAAAGAGGUGGAAAGAUCCGGAACUCUUGCACUAGUUGAACCUUUUAUUUCUUCUCUUGACCCUCAGGAAUUUGCUAGUUCUCUUCUAGAUAACAGUGACAAUAUACAGGGCAGGAAUGUUGGUGAUCUACAGCGCCUGGUGCCAUUACUGGACAGCUCCCGGCUGGAGGCCCAAUGCAUUGCUGUCUUCUAUCUAUGUGUAGAAGCGGCUAUCAAGUCACAACAGAAGAAUACAAAAGUGUUCAAUGAAAUUGGCGCCACACAAAGUCUGAAGCGCAUAGUGUGUUACUCCAUAGAUGGUACAGUGUCCACUUUGGCCAAGAAGGCUCUACGGAUGAUCGGAGAAGAGGUUCCUUCCCGCAUUGCUCGCUCUGUCCCUAACUGGAAACCGUUGGAGGUGCAAAAUUGGCUGCAGCAAAUUGGAUUUAACAAAUACUCCCAGAGCUUUCUAGAACACCAGAUUGAUGGGGAUCUCCUUCUAAGGCUUUCUGAGAUGGACCUGAGAGAUGACUUGGGAAUGAGCUCCAGUAUAACUCGCAAGAGAUUUUUGCGGGAUCUAGUAGAGUUGAAGACCUUUGCCAAUUACUCGACCUGUGAUCGCAGUAAUCUAGCAGACUGGCUGGGCAGCUUGGAGCCACGUUUCAGACAGUACACCUACAACCUGGUUACAUGCGGCAUUGACCGAAACUUCCUGCAUCACGUGACAGAACAACAACUAGAGAAGGAUUGCCAAAUUACAACGGGCUUCCAUCGGGCACGCAUCUUAUCAGCAGCAAGAGAGAUGCUGCACUCACCCUUGCCAUGUAGUGCAGGCAAGUCCAGCGCUGAUGGCCCUGAUGUGUUUAUCAGCUACAGACGGAACACGGGAUCACAACUGGCCAGUCUAUUGAAGGUCCAUCUGUACUUACAUGGCUUCAGCGCAUUUAUUGAUGUGGAGAAGUUGGAGGCCGGACGAUUUGAGGACAAGUUAAUUCAGAGUGUGAUCAGCGCCAGGAACUUUGUCUUGGUCCUAUCUGCUGGCUCUUUAGACAAGUGCAUGGAUGAUGAGGACUGCAAGGAUUGGGUGCAUAAGGAGAUUGUCACGGCACUGAACUGUGGAAAAAACAUUGUGCCGGUCACAGAUCACUUUGAAUGGCCAGAUCCAACGAGUCUUCCAGAAGACAUGAGAGCAGUGUUGAAGUUCAAUGGUAUUAAAUGGUCGCACGAGUAUCAAGAUGCCACCAUUGAGAAAAUAAUCCGCUUCUUGCAAGGUCGAUCGUCACGAGAUUCCUCUGUUGGCUCAGAGAACAGUCUGGAUGGAUCCCCCCCUCUUGGGCAAACAUAAAAAGGGAUCUGACUUACGGACAGUAAACUUCGGGCUUUGUUCCUGUGUCUCCUCUUAUUUCUUCCUCUACAUGAUAAUAAAUGCAUUAAGGUUCUCUCUGUGUAAGAAGACUCCUCUGCUAGAAUCCUUCCUCCUCCUUGCCUAAUCUUUUCAUCCUUGCUCAGGAGCUAAAGGAGAAGCAGCAGUAGAGGUGGAAUGCAGUCAGUAACAUAUAAUAAUUGCAUUUCCGCAUGAAGCCCGAUAUGGAUUCCAUAUUAAAAGGCCUCUUGCUUUGCAGAAACCCUUUGCAAGUCCAAAUGUGGCAUUAAUAUUAACCUUCCUUCUUAUAGCUUUUUGUAAUGAAGUUAACCCUUCACAUAUGAGGGUAUGAACAGUUUUGAAGAGCCAGGAAAUUUCUCAAAGUGUAGCGGCAGGACUCUCAGGUUUAAUGUUCUUCUUGUCAUAUAAAACACGUGCAGUUUUGGUUGUAAAAGCAGGUGGCCUGACUCCCCCGAUAAUUGCGGGAUGAAUCUGUUUCCUUAUUCAAAGGUGACACCUUUUAUGGAACAACAUGAAGAGCCCCAGAGGCUUUUGGGACCUCAGAGGUCUCUUCUUAAGAUAAAAACAAUCUGAAAAUGACCAUUUCCAUUUUCUUACUGUAUUGGAAGGUUAUCAAAAAAAGUCUGUGAGUGAAGUGUUAUCUGGAAGCAAAAAUGUGUUACAUUAGUAGCAAGAAAUUACCCUGAGACUUCCAGUAAAUAAGCUAUAGCCAUACUCAGCUGUUCUAAAAUACUGGUAUUUUUCCUUAUAACUGCUCUGAAGUUUAUAUAAUGACAGCAAAACAACUGAGUAAAGUUAGUGGGCAGAUUCUCUCCAUGGAUGGUCACUCCAUAGCUUUUGACCUUAAACCUCCAUAGGCUUCACAUACAAAUUCUGGUUUAUAAACGCAACAUUAGACAACGGACAGCAGAUUCUCAUUCCUACCUAUAUGACAUGUAACUCCCCAUCUUUAAAUGGUCAUUCAAAGACUAGCUGAGAAUCACGGUAAAUUCAACCUCGGCUGGGACACUACCUCUUGGCAAACUUUACUUUGUAUAUAAGUUUGACAUGCUCGGAUCAUGUACAAUCAUGAUAUAUCUUUACUCCAUUACAUACAAUAGCAAAUAUCCAUUGAACAGAUCUGGUCUAGCGUCCCAUCGGAGAACUGUACUGGAAUUAGGAGAUAUUUGCAGACAGAGGUUCUUGUACUUAUCGAAAGCAAUCUAUAUCAACAUACAGAAAGGUGUUUUUAAAGGCACUGAAUUAAUAUCAAUAAUAAGCAAAUAAUGUAUUGUUACACUGAACAAACCUGCAAAAAUGCUCGUCGUAUGAUGAUAUUAUAUUGUCAUAUAAAGAACAAAUAAAACCAUUGUAUUACUAUACUAUAUCAAAUAAAUUCUGAUUGACAAAAACCUAUACAGAUUUAAGAAAUCAAUAUUACCCAUCUUCCAGGAUUUAGACAUGCUGCGGCUGGCUUCCCCAGUUUUAUCUGUAUUGUUUGUAAGGUUUUUCCAUUUACUUAGUUCUGUAAUACCGUAGUUGUCAAUCUUACAAUAUGAAACAGUGAACAGAUGUCCAGCUCUGCUGCCUACAGUAUUUAUGUACGUAAAAGGGCUCCGGUAUCAGACAAUCUCUGCAAACACUCGGGAUCAUUAGGAUGAUCUUAUUUAGAGAAUUCUGCUAGGUCUCAAUGUGACGCAGUAAUUAGAUAAGCAGCGGUAGAAAAGGGGCAGUAAUGUGUUUGUAAAAGGAAAUUAGACAUAAAACGUCAAACAUUAUUAGAAAUUGGUACUGUAUUAUAAAAUGUUAACUGUUUCCUUUGUGUGUUUUUUUUUUAUUCAAACUGUAGCUGAUGUGAUGUAAAAGAAUAUAUUAAAGGGACACAAAAAAAGUAA